AUGAAGUUGCUUCCACUUUUAAGCAUUGUAACUGCAGUUUCUUGUGCCACUGACUUGCAAGAGAAAUGGGGAAGUCUUUGGCAAUUUCAAGGAAUAGCCACUUUUGCACACUUGGAUCACGUUCAAUGCCUCAUCGAUCGCGAGCAAAUGUUUGAUGUUGGGAUCAUUGGUGUCCCGUUUGACACUGCUGUGUCGUACAGACCUGGUGCAAGGUUCGGUCCAAGAGCUAUUAGAGAUGCAUCUCAACGUCAAUACAGCUUGCGUGGUUUCAACCAUAGGGCCAUGUUCAACCCAUACAAAUCGUGGGCCAGAGUUGUUGAUUGUGGAGAUGUGCCAGUAUCUCCAAUGGAUAACAAAUUGGCUUUCCAACAAAUGGACCAAGCUUUUGAAGAAUUGUUGUGGGUGGGCGAUUCAGUUGAAGUUGAUCAAGUUCCUCCUAGAUUCAUCAUUUUGGGAGGUGACCAUUCUGUUUUGUUACCUCAUAUUAGAGCAUUGAAUAAAGUGUAUGGUCCUGUGAAUAUUGUACAUUUCGACGCUCAUUUGGAUACUUGGAAACCAGACAAGUAUCCAUCAUUCUGGCGUACUGAAGUUAGUGACGUGAACCACGGAUCAAUGUUGUGGAAAGCAUACGAAGAAGGGUUGACCACAAAGAACAAUGUUCAUGCUGGUAUUAGGACCAAAUUAUCCAGUCUUGCUGAUUAUGAGGACGAUGAUGCACAAAAUUGGUUGAGAAUCGAGGCUGAUGAUAUUUGGUUGAAAGGUUCUGACUACGUUGCUCAACAAAUCUUGAAGAGGGUUCCAAAAAACACACCCACUUAUAUCUCAGUUGACAUAGAUGUUUUGGAUCCAGGAUUUGCAUCUGGAACCGGAACUAUGGAGUCAGGAGGUUGGUUACCAAGAGAAUUGAUUCACAUCUUACGUCAAAUUGAUGAUUUGACCGUUGUUGGUGCUGAUGUUGUUGAAGUCGCACCUGCAUACGAUUUUGCUGAAGUAACUGCAACAAAUGGAGCCCAAGUUGCUUUUGAAAUUUUGACUAGUAUGGUCAAGAAAGGUCAAAUCGAUAGUAAAUUGGUCAAAAGACAAGUUUACAAGGGUGCCAACUGA